GACGUCAAGAUAAGAAACCCCUCAUUUCACAAAGCCAUGUCCAUAUUAUGCCCCAACAAAACUAUAUGCGCUGCUGGACUUUCUACAGCGAAACAAAGGUCUUUGAUAAGAUCUUUACUAGUUUAACUCUCACACUCCUCCCCAAACCAGAGAAAAUAAAAAGUGAAAUCAUUUAAUAGAAGCCACUCUUCAAAUAAAGUCUGCGACAACGCGUCACUGGAUUAAAACCUAGUUUUCAAACUUGUCCAGGCCAUUAUACAACCAAAAUGAGUAAGAGACAUGCUGAAAAAGAUGAACAAGAUGACAAAUCAAAUAUAAUUUAUAGCAAACGGCUACGGGAAGGACGAUACCCCAUAGAUUUCAAUAUUUCAAGUGACAUAAAUAAGAGUUUACUUAAAAAAGAAACAUGGGAAAUCAAAAAGGAAACUUCAAAAAAAACAAGUAUCCAACUUGCAUCAGUCAAUGUUGAUUUACUGGACACCAUAAACAUCAUCGACACAUUUGACCGACCAAAAAACACCAGUAAACAAGGCAAAUAUGCAAACCGUAGGAAAUAUUUAGUAGGUUUGGAAGACAAACCAGGACACAGAAUUCCCAAGGCAGGAGUCUUUGCAGAAGCAGGAGUGGGUCGUGCGGCCGCUGAAGUGAGUGUAUUAGAGGCAGAAGCCAAAGGUCCGAACGCUUCUGCUGGUGCUGAGGCAAGUUGGACUGGAGCUGGAGUGAUUGCUCGUGCUGAAGUUGGAAGUGUUUCAGCAAAAGCUGGCCCAGUUGUUGCUAAACUGGGGCUAGGAGUUGACACGGGUGCAUCUUUGGGCCUGGGUGGACUGGAGGCAAAGUUCCUGGGAACUGGAAUCUCAGUUGGUCCAAAAACCAGUGUAUCUCUCUUGGGUUCAGAAGUGUCAUGUUCAGUCAUGUAGUCAUACAGAGAAUGAAUCCCUAGAAGAUGAAUCUUUCUAGAAUAUUCAAAUGUGUAUAUUUGAAAUGUUUUAAAAGACAAAUUUAAUGCAGUGGAAUUGAAAUUGAACUAAAUCAUACAGUGUUUUAUUUAUAAUUAAAAAACAAUCCCCACAAUAAAGUAAAAAAAAAAAAAACCUUUAUUGUUGAGUCUGUAUUUGCUGAGUCACACUGUUAUCUAAAGUCAGUAAUAUAUUUUUUACCUUUACAACCGUUUCAACAUCUUGAUUGUCGAGGCUGAUUUGACAGCAGCCAUCUCCCGUUACUGUAAGUUAUUACAUUUUCUGUCCUGUCCUGUAUUUAAUAACAGAGCACAUUCACGAGUCCACUGCAAUAUAUAUCUUAAAAUAAUAAACUGUAUCUGUCACCAAUUUUAUUCACUUAAAGGCAUGAUCAAAUAAAGUCUUUUUAAACUUUGUUCUACAUUGCCUUGGAGUAUGAACAUAAUCAUUUUGGGGAGAAAAACUACAAAUAAUCCUGCUCCUGAGAGUUUUUCUGCCAGUUUAUCACACCAGGCACUUUGGUCUCCUCUCACUGGACAAGGUGGAGGCAAACCAAUGUCCUCCACAACUUCAGUUACGCCUCCUGUUGUUGGGCAGAUAUUUUGGAGAACCGCACAAGCCACGAUGACUGUUGGGGUAAAGGUGUGGUCCACCUCUGAACUGUAAUGGAUGGGGAAAGCUUUCUAUUGGUGUAGUCCUGGCCAGCGGGGGUCUUGAUGCGGAUAUGAUACCCAUCUAUGGCACCCUCAUACUUGGAGAAGAUGGGGCUGUUGUCAAAUUUUCAAAACCAUGGCCAAUCUCAUGAAGCUCCUGGGCAAUUGGCAACUUUAUGGUCUGCUGGCACUGGGCUGCAAUCUUUAUGGUUCCAGUAGCAUUUGUUUCUACAUUGACUGGAGCCUAUACAGUGAGUGAAUACAGUGGUUCAACCUUAAUUUAAUGAAGUGACAAGAAUACUUGUUGUGUGUAAAAAUAACGACUUUAUUCAACGAUUUAGUUGUAGCCUGUGUCAGUCUCCUACGCAGUUUCCAUUGUAAACAGUGCAGCACUUUCGAGCACCACAACGCAUGUGUGAGGAUGACAGUCGAUGGACUGUAUUUACAACGGAAACUGUAAGGAAGAUUUCUUACAAAGGUCUCUUCUCCAUUUAUUUAAUAAAAAAUACAGUAAAAACUGUAGUAUUACAAUUUAACAUAGGUUAUCUGUUUUUCUAAGUGAUAGUAAACUAAUUUAUUCAUGUGAUCUGAAUUUUCACCAUCAUUACCCCAGUCUUCAGUGUCACGUGAUCCUUCAGAAAUCAUUCUAAUAUGAAGAUGUAAUGCUCAGUUCUUACUAUUAUCAAUGUUGAAAGCGGUGUAAUAUUUUUCUGGAUACCAUGAUAAAUUUUAUGCAGAAUUAUUUGAUGAACAAAGUUGAAAGCACAGUGUUUAUUUUGAAUAGAUAUUUUAACUUUGACUGUCACUUUUGAUCAAUUCAAUGCAUCGAAUUAAUGGAAACGCUAUCAUGUCACAAAAGUUUUUUAUCGAAAAUAUUUUAAAUAUAUUUUAAAUAUAUAAAAAACUAUUUAAAUAAAUAGUUUUUUAUUAAAAGUUUUGCUUGAAACUGCCUGAGGUGAAUGGUUAAAAUGCCCUACAAUCUUCCUUCCAAUAAGCAAUGUUUCUGUGAUGCUGAGACACUUAUAUAUGGCCUGAAGAAUGUGUGCGAUAUAACCCAUGUUUACUACCAC